GCGAGUGUAAUGUUGGAGACUAAUCCUUCCUGCUCCAGCCACUUGUAUGGAGGCUUAAGAUUGUUUUGAUCUCUGUUGAGUAACUGCUCCGCCUGCAGUCCCAGUCCGAACGGCGGUCCAGUCAGCUGCAGGAUUAUCCCGCUUCCAGAGAGCAGCCCGAACAGAACUGAGGCUCAGCUGAGUGGAGCCAUGGCCGACAGGAACCAGGAGGAGAGAGUGCUGCAGCAGAUUGAGAGGGAGGUGCGCAUGCAGGAGGGCGCCUACAAACUGCUGGCUGCCUGCUCCCGGAGAGAUCAGGCCCUGGAGGUCUCCAAGAGCCUGCUGACCUGCAACGCCCGCAUCCUGGCUCUGCUCGGCCAGCUGCAGAGGAUGAGGAGAGCGCGGAUCUUAGAGCGAGAGGGACACGGCAAGACAUCUGAAGACGCAGAGCCAUGCACUGGAAAAGUCUCGCUUUCAGACCUGCGAAUCCCCCUCAUGUGGAAAGACUCAGAGUACUUCAAAAACAAAGGAGAGCUGCAUCGCUGUGCUGUGUUCUGCCUGCUUCAGUGCGGCUCAGACAUCCACGACACCGACCUGGUGAUGGUGGACAGGACGCUGACCGACAUCUGCUUCGAGGACGCGGUCGUGUUCGACAAGGUGGGUCCGGGCUUCUCGCUCCGCGUCGAGUUCUACAGCUGCUGCGCCGCCGAGGAUUUCCCUCCGGCGGCCCCGGCUCCGGCUCCCAGGAGAAUGAGCUUCCUGGGAGGCUCGCUGGGACGCUCCUCUGGGAAAAAGAUCCGGGCCGCGUUUGAGUCUGCGUCUGCGUGCGGCUCCGUCUGCCCCGGUGGCGGCACCGCGAGACCUGGACACGUUUCACCUCCUUCUGCACUGGGCCCAAAGUAUAACUUGUUGGCUCAGACAACACUGACUAUUGAACACGUCAGAGAGGGUUUCAAGACGCAUGAUUUAACCCUUUCAGCAACAGAAGAUAGUCCAUUCUGGUUGCCUCUGUUCGGAAACAUGUGCUGCCGCUUCGUCGCUCAGCCUUUAUGCAUGACUCAGCCAGUGAUGAGGGGCCAACUUAAGAUCAAGCUUGAGGAUGACGCAGAUCGUUGGGGAAACUUCUACUGUGUCCUGAAAGGCCAAACUCUGCUCUGCUACCGAAGUGGAGAAGACUCGGAGUCGGAGGACGAGCCUCUGCAUGUGAUCCCCAUCACAAAGGAUACCACAGUGUGCACGUCAGAAAGCCAUCCUGUCCACGGGCUGCAGAUUAGCAUUCGCAUGCAGCCUGACAGAGAGAAUGCCACCUAUGCAGCUGCCACCCAGAAUGCUGAAGAUUUGCCAGGCUGGAACAAGGCCCUCCAGCAGCAUGUCUACAACCUGAGUCAGUGGAAACGGUGUUGCGAUGAGGUGAUGAAGAUCGAGGCGCCGAGGUCCAGGAAGCCCAAAACGGCCAGGCAGGGAUCCCUGUUUCAUGAAAUGGCUAUUAGUCAUCCUGACAGAGAUACGGCGGCAGGCAGACGAUUGCUCCCAUUCUCCUCGCCUGCGGUUUUCAGACCUGGUCGAAAUGGACAAGAACAUGACGAAUGACGGAGAUGAGGCGCGCCGUUCGUUUUCUCUGCCCGUACGCAAAUCCAGGACUUCACUGAAUGUUGGUUUGCAAAUUUAAAGAGGAAAGAAAGUCACAAAAAAAAUACUAGUUAAGUUUAAGGAAAUGAUACACUUGUCUACAAAUCUGUUGGCAUUUGUGUUGUGAAAAUAAAAAAAAGGGCGAACCAGAGGGAAUAAACAUUUCUUUUUUUUGUUGUGCACAUAAAUUGUCCUUCUGAUAAAUUAGUAUUUCCAGUCGCAAUACAUUUCAUUUUACGAUUAGCUAUAAAUAAAGGGUUCUGUCAGAUGUCACCCUGCGGCUUUCAGACUCUCAUCCUGAAACCAAAGGCAGUCAGGCUGCUGACUCACGAGGCGUCAGUCCGAACACUUUUUUUUUUUUUUUUUCUGUAAGUUGACAUCACCCCACCCAUUGGCAAGCUUAUUGAUGCAUUGUUUACAUUGUAUUCCAGGUGUAACUUUGCGGAAUGUAAACACGCUUGAUGGAAAUAAAAAUAAUAAUAAUAAAAUAAAAACAGUGAAGAAAGU